UGCUCGCUUACCCUGCCCUUCGGUAACAUGGCGGAGAUGGGGAGAUCGUGUGCCUUUCCUGUGCUGGUGCAGGGGGAUUGGGGAGCUCCAGCUCCCACCAAACUACUGAGAAACAAACUUCUCUGCUACUUCCAGAGCCGGAAGAAGUCUGGAGGAGGAGAGUGCGAGAUUCAGCAGGGAUCGGGGCUGGUCUUGGUCUGUUUUGCGCACGACGAAGUGCGGCAAAGAGUCCUUUCCAAACAGAACCAUGAACUUGACCUGGCAGAGAAAGGAACACUGAAGCUAGUGGUCCAGUUGUAUGAAGCGACAGGUGCAGCUAAAGAGGAUGCGCCUGUGAAGGAAAUGGCUCCAAAAGAGCCUUCCAUAAUAGAAGAUCAGACAGAAGAGAAAGAUGUGCAAAAGGUCUUGCAAAAAGAGGCAGCAAAUGGAUCAGAGGAUGCUCUCAUCGACUCCCAAGCAUCUUCUCUUGUUGUUCUUGAAAAUGUCAACAUCACGCUUGAUAUGUUAAUGCUGCUGGUAGAGAACAUCUGUGAUCUUUCAGGAGGAGACUUCCAAAUGGAAUUCAUAAGUGAGAGAAAUGCUGCAGUGAUAACGUUUCAGCGAAGCAUUGAUGCUACAAACUUUCUUGACCAAUGUUCCAAGAAUGCAAGGAUAAAAAAAUACAAAAUUACCUCCCGGCGUCUUGAAUUGAUACAGAUGAUCAAAAUUGAAAAUAUCCCUAGUGGGGUAUGCAAAGGUUUCCUGACACUCUACUUUGAAAGUGCAAAGAAUGGAGGAGGGCAGGUGUCUAAUAUUCAAAUGUUACCUAAGGAGGAUGCAGCUAUAAUUACUUUUUGUGAUCACAAAGCUGUGCACACAAUAUUGGAAAAGCAGCAUUCUUUGAAGAAUCAACCAGUUUUGGUUUAUCCAUACUGCAGUUGUUUGGAGACAGCUUUGUAUGGAAAGGAAAGGCCACAAAUCAAGAUGCCAGAACCUGUCAGUGUCCCACUAGAUCCUUAUAUCUGGCAGUUCCUGCAAGGAAAGGAUAAACUAAUGCAAGAAAUAGAAAAUGAAAUGACACUUUGUUACUGUGAAUUAAUAUGGCCUCCAAUGACUUGUGAACAGCCCAAAAUUACAAUGAACCCUUCAGCUGCUUUAUCUAAACAAGGAGCUUCUGGGAUGGAAUUAAUUAAGGCUUGGAAAGAGAAAGUUUGUUCAGAGUUGGCCUGCAUCAUGUCAAAGUUCAAGACGACUAAAUGUGCCAUCAUCUCAGCAUCCUGGGAGACCAUAGAAAGCACUUUGAUAAAGAAUGUUUUGGCCAUCCCUGAUAGUGCAAAAGAAUCUGUUAUCCUGGCUGGUUUUGUCUACGUUGUUGAUAAUGUUGAGAAAGCGAUAAAGCAGCAUAUAGAAAAUGUGAUCAAAGAUGCAGAAAAAGCAAAAGAAACUAUACAACAAACAUUGUCAGUUCCCCCACAUAAGUUUGAAGUUUUGCAUCAUAUUUUGCAAGAAGAGAACCUCUAUCAAGAGAACCGAGACGUCAAAUGCUCUUACAAUUUUGAAACAAAAACAGUGCAGCUCUCUGGAAUACUUACUGAUGUAUAUAGAAUGAAAAGUGACAUUCUGGAGAAGAUAAACAACAUGGUAGAGACAAAAGUCAACGUUCACCCUAAUAUUUUUCAUUUCCUACAGCUUCCAGGUAGUGGACAGGUGUCCAAAAUAUUUCAUGCCAAUAACAUUUAUGCUUCCUAUGAACUUGAACUUAAUUCUGUAGCAUUGGUAGGACAAACUCCUGAAGGUCUUUCGAAAGCAGAGGAACUAAUGAAGAAAUGCUUGGAUCAUAAAUGCAUUGUUUUGGAGGACAGGGAGCUCAUGAACAAAAAGGAAUGGAAAGAACUCCUUAAAAAACUGGAGAGGAAACACAAUUCUGGGGAAGGUACUGUAAGCAUUGAUGAAUGCCUUGAUUUGGAAGAAGAUGCUAAAGUAAUCAUAGCUGGUUAUACAUCUGCAGUAGCAGAUGUCUAUCAGAUGCUUUCUAAUUUUGUUGAAAGAAACACCCGAAUGCUAAAAGUAAUCCCUGCCAAAUCUGUGGCUGUUGUGCAGUAUAUGGAGAAGGAAAAGAAGAACAGUUGGCAAGACUUAAGAAGAAGAGGUGUGAAAAUCAGUUUUGGAGAACAAGCUGAACAAAAGAACAUUAUCCUGAGUGGACCUAAAGCUGAAGUGAGACAGGGAGCCACUGUGGUUGAAAAAAUUCUAUCUUCGGUGCAUUCUUUGAAUGUGACAUUCGACAAACCAGGAGUGAAAGCCUUUUUCAAAGCCCGAGAAUAUUCCUAUGUUGCUGAAGCAAAGAACUCUUUCAAUUGUUUGAUUCGACUGCAGAAAGAUGAUGAACUUAAUGGAGUCUCUGAGGGAAAAGAGAACCCUCAUGCUAAAAUAACUUUAAAAGAUGGCAUUGUUGUAGAGGCUUGUAAGGAUGACUUGACCAAAUAUCCAGUUGAUGUUGUUGUAAAUGCAUCAAAUGAAGACCUGAAGCACAUCGGUGGCCUUGCAGAUGCACUGUCAAAAGCAGCUGGUUCACAGCUCCAAAAAGAGUGUGAUGACCAUGUGAAAAGAUAUGGCAGUUUGAGGCCUGGCUGCGCAGUUAUUACAGGUGCUGGGAACCUGCCAUGUAAGCAGGUGAUACAUGCUGUCGGGCCGAGGUGGGACAAUUCCACUGCACAGAAAUGUACAUCACUCUUAAAAAAAGCUGUCAAGGAAAGCUUAAAACUGGCAGAAACGUACAAUCAUCGUUCAAUAGCCAUCCCUGCGAUAAGCUCAGGGGUCUUUGGAUUCCCAAUGAAAGCGUGUGCCCAUGCUAUUGUAACAGCCAUUAAAGAAAACUUAGAAGACUCUUCUGAGAAUGGAUCCCUGAAAAAGAUAUGCCUUGUAGAUGUGUCUGAAGAUACAGUUCAAGCACUUGCUGAAGCUUUGUGUAAAGUAUUCAUACAGGAUCCUCUCCCACCCCCACCUGCAUCUCAGUCCCAGUCAGCCAACCCCCACAAAGCAAUCAGAGACAAUCUUCAUACAGUAACUUCUCCUGCAGGCCUGAAGCUCAUGCUUAAGAAAAGAGGCAUUGAAGAUGCAACGACGGAUGUUGUCGUCAGCAGCAUUGGUGCCGAUUUGAAGCUUGGUGUGGGGCCACUAUCCCAAGCCCUGCUGCAGAAGGCUGGCCCAAUGCUCCAAGCCGAGUUUGAGCAAGCUGUCCAGGGUCAAGGAGCUCAGGGUGGCUGCAUGAUCCAAACUGGCGGAUAUAACCUGGCUUGUAAAUACGUGCUGCAUGCUAUUGUUCCACAGUGGGAUGCUGGAAAAGGACAUGCAAUGAAGAAACUUGGAGAUAUCGUGGGGGAAUGCCUGAAGAAGGCUGAAGAGCUGUCAUUAAGUUCCAUUUCAUUUCCUGCAAUUGGAACAGGUGGCUUUGCCUUUCCAAAAUCUGAAGUCGCAAAGUUAAUGUAUGAUAAGGUAUUUCAGUUCAGAGGAAUGAAGUCUCUUCAGGAAGUUCAUUUUCUCUUACAUGCAAAUGAUAAAGAUAACAUACAGGCAUUCUCUGAAGUAUUUGGAUGCAGACUCAAGGAAAUUCCCAGUGCUGUGCCAUCGGAUAAAAAAACCACAGAUUACUUUGGAGGCAUUUCAUCCCCUGCUUUGGGAGUUAAUGAAAUGCAGAUUGGUUCAAUUAAAUUCCAGUCCAUGACAGGAGACAUUACACACCAAGAUACAGAUGUUAUUGUAAAUGUAACAAAUGCAAACUUAAAUUCCAAAUCAGGUGUUUCCAAAGCAAUUUUGGAAGGUGGUGGACCUGAGGUUGAAAUGGAGUGUGCAGCUUUAGCCUUACAACCUCACAGUGGAUUUGUAACCACACAAGGGGGUAAUCUGAGCUGUAAGAAAAUUAUCCACCUUGUUCCUAACUCAAAUAUCAGAACUCAGGUCUUCAAAGUGUUGCGGGAAUGUGAAGCAAAGAAAUACAGAUCAAUUGCCUUCCCUGCCAUCGGAACAGGACAGGCACAGAAGAAUCCUGAAGAUGCCGCUGAGGAGAUGAUGAGUGCAAUUUCUGACUUUGCAGGCAAAGAAUCGCCCCAGUAUUUGGAAACAGUUAAAAUUAUUAUUUUUCAGUCACAUCUACAAAAUGCUUUUUAUGAGGCUAUGAAAAAGAGAGAAGGCGUUGCAUUGCCUACCUCUGAAUCCAUGUUUUCUAGGUUUAAAGCAUAUAUAACUGGCAAAACAGCACCUACUAAAAAGAAACAUCUCUUGGUUUUGGAUAAGAAGGUAGAGGUUGCAGUGUUUGAAAUCUGUGGUGAAAACAGAAAAAAGGUGGAAGAUGCGGAGUCCUGGUUAAAAACAUUAAUUCUUGGGGAACAGGCAGAAGAGUGUAUUACUGAUGAACUGAUUGAUAGAUUUGGUGAUACAGAAAUGCAGAAACUGAAUAAGUUGCAGAAAAGGCUGCAUGUUGCCUUUGAGUUGAAGAAGACACAAUCUUCCCCUUCCAUUCGACUAACUGGUACCAACCGCGAUGUUCUGACUGCUGUCACAGAAAUUCAGUGUCUAAUCAAAAAACUGAAAGAGGUGCGGGAAGAAGAAUCCAAGGCAACACUUGCUAAAAAUCUGGUUGAGUGGCAGUAUUCCAAAAACGAUGUAUUCCUGGCUUUUGAUAUGAUCACCAAUCUCCAUUUAGAAGAUGCUAAAAUCAGUAAUAAGAUUCAUGUUAACAUUCAAAUUAAUGGGAAGAACUACAGAGCUGACAUAAAAAAUAUGUGCGCUACAGAUGACCACGGAAAAAGUGUAAAGAUUAAGCGCAUCAUAAAGGAAGAAGGCAGGCUUUGUGCAGCAUUCCCUAACGAAUGGGAAGAUAUGAAAGGAAAUCGUGUCAAAGCGGUUGUGCUUCAGGCAAUGUCGCAAGAAUAUAAAGAUCUGGAAGCAAAAUUUCAGCUUAGCUGCCCUUCUUACAAAAUUGAACAGAUUGAAAGGAUACAGAAUCCUUUCCUCUGGCAAUCAUACCAAGCCAAAAAAGAGGACAUGGUUAGAAAGAAUGGCCACCACAACAAUGAGAAAAACCUAUUCCAUGGGACACCUUAUUCCACAGUGAUCCCAAUUAAUAAUACUGGAUUUAAUCGCAGUUAUGCUGGGAAAAAUGCUGCAAUGAUUGGAAAUGGAACCUAUUUUGCUGUUAAUGCAAGUUAUUCUGCACAAGAUACAUAUUCCACACCAGAUAGCAGUGGUAAAAAAUAUAUGUAUGUUGCCCGAGUUCUUACUGGGGACUACUGCGUUGGAAAGCAUGGACUGAUUACUCCACCAUCCAAAAAUGUUGGAGGCUUUGACCUCUUUGACAGUGUGACUGACAACAUGGCUAAUCCAUCAAUGUUCGUCAUAUUUCAUGAUGCUCAAGCUUACCCAGAAUACCUUAUAACUUUCAGAAAAUAACUUGAGCUUUGACAAAGAACUAUCUUGUUUCUCCCUUCUUAAAAAACAAAAACAGAAUGAAUGAAAAUACUUAUAAAGAAUGACUUGAUUAGGAUUGCUGCUUGUUCUUUCUGAUUGUUUUAGCUUUCCAUUUCAAAUAUUAGCAAAGGCUAAAAAAAUUGCAGUAGAUUGAGAGGAAACCUGGGAUCACAAGCAUAAAUCCAAGCUAGAUUGGCUCAGCACUGUGCAAAUGACUUGGGGGAAAGGUUGAAAUUAAAAGGGUGAAAUAUUAAGUAUGUGCUGCAGUCCAGUGAGAUAAUUGCAAGGACAAAGAUCAGGUAUGUCCAAAGUUGGCCUUGAAAGUUUGCUUUGCUCUUCACUCUGAGCAUUUCUGUCAGUUCUGGUAGAGCAAUGCAUUACAUAUUAUGGAUACUUGUAACAAUACCCAGCUCUUUGACACAACUGCUUCAGGAUAGAAUGAUUGAGACGGGGGAGCAUUUAACCUUAUUUCUGCCUACUUUUCCACUGCAAACCAUUUUCCCCUGCAAAUAUUUGUCUGCUGGGAAAAGCAGUUGGAUUCAACAUAAAUGUCAAUUAUGGGGUGUCAUUUCUGCACAAGAUCAGUGCUGGAUUCAACCCAUAGACAGGGGUGGAAAGUUACAACAGAAGAACUGUGGCUGAGGAAAGGAUCCAUUUUUUCUCUCCAGUCUGGUCCGGUGCUUCAUAGUUGCAUCCUCCUGAAGAGGGUUGUCUCUGACAGCAGCUGCCAUUGGAAAUUUGUAACUAAUGUUCUUUUUCUUUAUUACCUGCACUGAAGCCAUUUGAGGAAAUUCUAAACUUCAUCACUGUGCCUCCCACCCAGGUGCCUUGCCUUUUUGUAGCAAUUUAUCUGUGGUUUCUCUAGGAGGGAACUAGUCCAAACCAUUAGUUUCAUGUGCUUAGCAAGUAGCAAGACAGAAUGUAUAAUCUCUAUUUCUGAAGAAAAUGAGAGACUGUCCACAUGACUCGUCACUACAGAGCUUCUCCUGCCACUUCCUCAGUGUUAUGGGAACUCCAUAGCAUUCUUUGCUUGGCGGUCAGCACAGAAUGAAUGAGAAACAAUGACCCUUAGCAGAGACAGGCUGCCCAGUUUUCAUUUCUGGGUAGAGCUACCAGUAGACCAGGAUGCCUCCAGCUUGAACAGCAACUUAAUGAUGAGGAGUCAGCAGGCAAAGCUCUUUAUAACAUGCAGAUUAAUGUUAUCACCUGCCAAUGCAGAGGUUGGCAACCUGAUGCCCUCCAGGUGUUUUCCUUAAUCAUUGACCACAUGGUGCUUAUGAGAGUUGUGAAAAAUAAUUAGAGGACAUCAGGUGGUCCACCUCUGUGGUAAUGUCUGCAUAUCAAAAACCCACUUAAAUUUGACAGCCUUACCCCUGGGAGAGGUGGUACACUCAAGAAAACCAGGUCCACCCCUCAAAACUGCUGGUGUUUGAAGCUUUAAGAAUUAGCUUAUGAAAAAUUGAGGGAGCAUGAAGAGUACAUUUGGAUUCCUCUAUGCUUCCCAAGAGUUACUCUACAUAUCAGGCUCAUACAUAAGCAGUUAUAGGUGAUGCUGUCAGACAUGCAGGGAAGGGGCCAUUGGCUGGUUUUCACAAACCACUGCUGAGCAGCUUCCUAGGGUAUAUCAGUAAAGUCAAGUCUACAUUUUGAGGUAUAAAUAAAUGAGUUUCCUGUUCCACUACAUGUUUUAAUUAGCCAUGUUUGGAUGGUUUGUUAUUGCCUGCUAUUGUUACUGUGUAUAGUUGUUUUGCAUACAUUCAAGCUUUGUCAGUCUACAGUUCACCUUUUGGGGGUCAUUUAACCCUUUAUGUGCUUGUGCAGGGAUGGAAUUGUAACCUGGCAAUCAGAUCAUGAUGGGAAACAAACAGCACAGUCUUGCUGAUCCAAUUAAAGGUUAGAUGUAUACAAAACAAAGCCACUCAGUCCAGCCUACUGCCACUUCUGUAUACAAAUUUGUAUUUUCUCUCAUCCUGCUUCAUUUUAUUGUAUCAGAAAGUAGUAUGUUUUCUCAUGUGUGAAUUAAAUUUUUUCCAAUUUCA